UGCAGAUGAUGUCUGAACCUGCUUCCACUCAUUUCUAACAAGUGAUCACAGAGGAAUUUCUGACAAUGAGGAAGUCUUACAUUGUACUUCGAAGUCUUUAUUCUGUCAUAUCUUUCACUUUUCUUGUUCUCAUGGUCUGUUUCUCAACAAAGGUGGCCACCAAGAAUGCUGCUGCAAAUCGUACUAAGCUCGUUCUCCGACUCAUUCACCGUGAUUCCAUUUUAGCUGCGUUGUCAAAUCCAAAUCCCACCAUUUCAGAUCUUACAAACAAUGCCAUAAAUACUUCACGAGCACGUCUAGCUUAUAUACAAGGAACGAGUACUGCUGGAAGCCCUUUAUCUCAGGAGGACAUUAGAGGUCCUCUGGUUCCAGAAAGUAGACUCUUCUUCAUAAAUAUCUCAAUAGGGGAGCCUCCAGUUCCACAACUUAUAGCUCUGGACACUGGAAGCGAUUUGACAUGGCUUCAGCAUCCCCCUUGCACUGGCUGCCCCAUUUAUGAUCCUAAACUAUCAGCCACCUACACUGAACUUUCAUGUGACCCUAAAUAUCAAUGCAGUAAUUAUUCUCACCUGUCUGGCUGCGGACAAGAAUCCCGAUGUACAUUUGCCAUAGGAUAUUUAGAUGGGUCAAGGUGCACAGGCAUCAUGGCCUUAGAAAAGUUCACAUUCGAAUCAUCCAGUGGGGGCACAUCGGAAAUGCCUUACUUAGUGUUCGGUUAUGGACUUGAAAGUCAUGGAAAUGUUCGUCAACUAACUGGGAUUCUUGGACUCCAAGUUCAUAACCAAUACUCUUUAAUCUCUCGUGUAGGUAAAAAAUUUUCAUACUGUAUAGGAAACAUUAACGAUCCUCAUUACAUGUACAACCAGCUGAUAUUAGGCGAAGGAGCUGUUCUUCAAGGCUAUUCGACACCCUUGGAGUUUAGGAGCAAUCACUAUAGAGUCACCCUAGAAGGAAUUUCUGUGGGGCAGAAGCAACUUCAAAUAGUGAACCCACAAGAUUUCCAUUUUAAUGUUGUGAUUGACACGGGCUCAACGUUAACUCUUCUGCUGAGAAGUGCUUUUGAACCACUGAAGGAAGAAGUGAUGAACUAUUUGGAUGGUUUAUUGCCGCUAGUAAAAGUUAAGAACGCUGGGGAACGUCCGUGCUACUGGGGGAAUAUGGAACAGGAUCUCAAAGGAUUCCCACUAGUGACGUUGCAUCUUGCCGAGGGAGCUGAUGUCUAUUUGGACGUUGAAGGCAUGUUCUGGAGAGCAAACGACUACGUCUUCUGCAUGGCUGUGGAUGUUACAAAAAACGGCCUCAAUGUUAUAGGAAUACUAGCACAGCAAUACUGUAAUAUUGGUUUUGACUUGAAUGCAAUGAAGGUCAGCUUCCAAAGAAUUGAAUGUGAACUCCUUGAAGACUAGAUAGAGUAGUCCAUUCUGUUUGAAAUGAACAUUUUAUGCAUGUUGUUCACGACUUUCUGGUGGAAUAAGAAG